AUGGAUGGAAGCCCCGCUGCAAGCCCAUUGAGGUGGGCUGCAGCAGCUCUACAGGGCAGCCUCAAUGUGGGUCACUCAGUCUCCUUGGCAUUAGAGGGUCGCAGGAAAGAAGAGGCACCAAGAACAUCUUUGAAGCUGCAGAAAAAGCAUCGAGGUGGCUGUGGAUCAAGAGGGGUGAUCCGUGGUGUUGCGUACUACUUUUACACAAGCCGGGGGCUGAUCACCCCCGGCUGGGUCGCCCAGGUGAGGGUGUCUGAUGAUCUAAGACCCAAAACAUCCUAUGAUCCUGGGUUCAUCACUGACGAUGUGUCCAAGUCACGCCACCUGGUGUUUCAAGAAACACUUAUGGUUACUAAGAUGCACAAUGCACAUUCUUUUAACUGCUACUUUGUUGGAACACAAGGCCUUCACCUACCAGAAUAUUUUGAGGUGUUUGCUGUGGAUGAUGUGACAGUCUUCUACUAUGACAGUAAUAUGAAAGAAGCAGUACCUGUCCCUGAAUGGAUGAAUAGCACAGCUGCCCAACAGCUUUGGAAGGAACUUAAUGUUGGUGCAGAGGACAAUAUGAAUAUAAUGGAAACGGCAAUGAAAUCUGCCACUCAGCAGUUCAAUUUGACAGGUAUUUCCCCUGUUAAAAUUUAUCAGGCCCACGGUGGAUGCGACCUCCAUCCAGAUGGAACUGUGCAAGGCUCUUUAACACAUGCGUUUAACGGCAAGGACUUUUUAAGUUUCGACAUGGACAGUGAAACAUUUAUAGCCUCUGUUCCCCAAGCUUUCAUCUAUAAGAGGCUGAGGGAGAGAGAUCCAGCCAACCUUGAAAUCAUCUCCUCUUUUUACAAAAGGAGAUGUACUAGGAUCAUGGAGAUCUUCCUGCAACACGUUCCAGAACUAGGCAGUAAGAAAGUUCCAGAGGUCAGUCUGUUUGAAAAGCAAAGCUCUGCCUUCACAGAGAUCACAUGUCAUGUGACUGGGUUUUAUCCACGAACAGUGCAGGUUCAGUGGUUUGGGUCAGACAUGCAGCCUGUGGUUGAGGGGGUCAUUGAAGGUGAAGUGUUACCAAAUGGAGAUGGUUCUUAUCAGAUAAGAAAGAGUGUUGUGAUACCAGCAGAACACACAGACAUACAUCACUACAGCUGUGUGGUCCAGCAUAGUAGCAUCCCUGGAAAUAUCACCAAAACUUGGGUUGGUAAACAGGACUCAUCUGUCAUGUUUGCUGUGGUAAUACCUGUUGUUGUGGGUGUUUUGGUAAUGAUUGGAUUUGGACUCAUGUUCUGGUGGUACCGUAAACGUGAGACCGGCAUGCUAUAA